AUGGUUUGGAUGGUCAAUAACGAGAGAUCGACGUUGAUAUCGGACGAGGUGUCAUUUGUUGUGAAAGAAGAGCCGUUGAGUGAUUAUGCGACGAUGCGAAGCAUUUUGGAUCCAAAUUAUUCGCAGAUGGCGGCCGAUAGCAGUUCAUCAAUGCUUUUCGAAGAGCAGAAACCUCGAUGCCGACCACGAGGUUCGAUUGGAUUAAUUGAAUGA